AUGGACCACUCAAAAGCGCAAUCGGCCAAUAAUGGAGUUCAGGCGUCUUCUGCUGCUAAACAACAACCCAAACAGAUAAGCACCUCUAGUCCAGCUUCCACAGGUUCAUCACCGAUUUUGCUGAGGCGUCAUAAGCUCAUGGUCUUCCACGUACCAAGGUCAAAAGAUGAAAACCCUGAUAUACGUUAUGCUCGCGAGGUUGAGUUCUUUCAGGGUCUCAUCGAUAGACUCUUGGAUGUGGGCGAAGCCAGUGUGACGAUACAACAAGUGAUUCGACUUGACCAGAAAACUAAUCAGUCAUGUCGACCUCUGAGAAUCACCUCUGCAAAUCACAAUAUGUCGCAGCUCAUACUGUCUCGUCUGUCAGGGCUGAAAGGCAUAAACGUUCACAUCCACCGAGACUUGGAACCCGAAGACAGGGAUUGUUUGAAGACUUCGGUCAUUAAGCUCAAACGCCGUACUGAAGAAGGUGAAACUGAUUUACAAAUUGUAAAGUUUCACGUGAUCAAGAAGGAUGUACGAACCGUAUCAACCGGUUGCUCAACCUCCAGUCACACCCCGAGGUACUUCCCAAGACCUCCAUGUGGCAUUCGCCAACGU